AUGGAACCUUUCAAUCCUCCCUUUCAACAAGUCUACAAGAAAUUAUUUGAUAAUCAACUGGUCAAUGAUAAUAAUUAUGAACCAUAUCCAAAAAGCAUCAUCGAAAUCGAAGAAGCUCUGGGUGAUGUGAAAGAAAACGAGUUUGAGCUCCCAUUGAUCGAUCUAAGCCGCUUGAACCGAGGUGGUUUUGAGACCGAAAGGUGCAAAAGAGAAAUAGCGGAAGCUUCACGCGAAUGGGGAUUUUUCCAAGUUGUAAAUCAUGGGGUUCCUCAUGAGAUUUUGGAGAAAAUGAGGUGUGAGCAGAGGCAAGCAUUCAUGAAACCAUUCCAUGAAAAGGUAAAUGGACACGCUGGUUUGAAUUUUCCGGCAGGUAGUUAUCGGUGGGGGACUCCUUCAGCAACUUGCCUCCGACAGCUGGCUUGGUCGGAAGCUUUUCAUGUCCCAUUGACUGAGAUCUCAACUACGGAUGGUGUCACCGGUCUUAGCAUGACGAUGAAGCAAUACGCAACGAUUAUCUCGAAUCUAGCAGAUAAAGUAGCAGAAAUUUUAGCCGAAAAGCUAGGCCAGAAGCCUAAUAUAUUCAAAGAAAAUUGUAUGCCUAGUAUGUGCUACCUUCGCAUGAGCCGAUAUCCAGCCUGCCCAGUUUCUCCACAUGUUUUUGGAUUAAUGCCUCACACAGAUAGUGAUUUUCUCACGAUAUUAAAUCAAGAUCAUAUAGGAGGAUUACAACUACUUAAAAACGGGAAAUGGAUUGAUGUUAAGCCCAAACGAGAAAUCCUAAUUGUGAUUAUUGGAGAUCUUUUUCAGGUAUGGAGCAAUGAUGUUUAUAAGAGUGUGGUGCAUAGAGUGGUUGCAAAUAAGCAUUUCGAGAGGUUUUCAACUGCAUAUUUUUUGUGUCCAUCUUAUGAAACAGUGAUAGAAAGUUGUGGGGAAAGUUCAAAUUAUAUGCCUUUUAAUUUUAGAGAAUACAAACAACAAGUUCAAGAUGAUGUCAAGAGAUUUGGUAAUAAGGUCGGCCUUCCUAGGUUCAUUUUAUUACCCGGCCCAAAGUGA